UGAGCUGCUUUAGUUCCAGUGAGUCGUGUCCUUCCUCCUCUGAUGAUUCCUGCGUCUCUGUCAGGAUUUACUCUGGAGAGAAUCUGAAGCUGAGGGUCCUGGUGAUGGGGACGGACCUCGACCAAACCAAGAAGCUCGUAAAAGACCUGGAGCAAUCCAAUAAAUCCGGUCCAGACGGCCGCUGCGUCAACGUCGGCUGUCUGGCUGGACGUGUUUCUGUGACCAUCGACGGGUUGAACAUGGUUGUCUUUAACACCAGGGCUAUGUGCAACUCAGACGACCUUGGAAUGAUGAUAAACCAGACCCGGGCGUGCAUCUCAACGUCGGCCCGCCACAUCUUCCUGCUCCAGCUGAACCAAAACCCACCAGCAGACGGAAAGAAGGAGAAAGACCAGAACCUGGUGGCGAGGGACCAGGAGGAGAGGGACCUGGUGGAGAGGGUUAAAAAGACUUUUGGUGACAAAGCAUUGGAGAACGCGGUCGUUGUGUUCAGAAACGUUAAAUCUGAUUUUAAAACCCUGAAUGAAAACCUCCAAAAGAACGAAACACUCCACAGCCUUUUACAGAGCAGCCAAUUGGUGACGUCCAAACUGGGAGACAGUGUCCCAGCUGGUGUAAAGAAAGGCAUCGAUAACAUCAUCCAGGCUGACCAAACCUGCUACACCCACAAGAUGAUGGCGGCUCAGAGCAAGAAAAAAUGGGAAUGGAAAAAUUUUUCUCUCAGAAAAAAAGUGUGUGUGCUGAUCCUGGGGUGGGUGGGACUUGCAGUCGGAUUCUUUUUCUCCUGCUGGGUGAAAGAUCUGAUAGAAAUGGCGGCGGCUGCUGCCACCAAACACCUGAUGCAGGUUUCAGAGUAACGAGCCGCCAUGAAGCUCAAAGCUUCAGCAGGUCCUGGACCUGCAGCCACAGACCGGUUCUGAUCCGAUGAGCGCCGGGCUUUAUCAUAUUAAUCAUAUUCUGUUUGCUUCAACCUUUAUCUAAUAUAUUUAUAGACCACACAAUACAUUUUAUUCAUCCAGAACAUUUGAUCAUGUGGGAAGAAUCCAGUUCUGCUCCUGCAGCCUGAUUCCAGAUGUCAGAAACGAUUUUAUUACAUCUAUUUUAAUCUUGUGGCCUGAAAAUAGGCAAGCAGGUUCUGAGAAACAGUGUCACUGUUUUUAAAUCGCUUUUCUAUUGUUUUACUCUUGUGUUUAUGUAUUAAUUGCUUUUAUUCUGUAACCAGGUGUCUGUGUUGCUGAUUUCUGCCCAAGAAAUGAGAUCCAGAUCUCAGCAGGUUCACCUGGUUAAAGGAAAUGAAAAAAAAACAAUUUAACUGAAAUUAUAUUUUUAUUUCUGUACAUUAUAGAACUGUAACUCUGGUCAAAUGUUUUCUCCUCCUGAACAUUAACGAGUUUAAACUGCAGGUUUUAUUCAUUUCUGAUGAUCUUGACUAUAAAUCUAUAAACUGUUCAAAUAGACUUUGAUCUCAAAGGGAAACACGUCGAGAUUCCUGGAUAAAACUCUUUGAAAUGUUUGCAUGGCUGUUCUGAGGUUUUGGGCUUUGCUCUGUACUGUAAAGUUUGUUCUGGUGGUUUGUGGACCCGGUUCUGAAACCAUCCUGUCUGAACCAAAUUAAAAGCAUCAGUCUGUUUGUUAGAGAAUCCAAAGAUUUCACUCCAGUGAGAGACACAUGGUGAAGUCAAACGCCUCAUUUUCUCCAGUGACUCUAACAGUUUGUGGUAAAGUGCUGAGUCAGCUUCAGACACACUGACACUGUCGUUAACAUCAGUGGAUCUGUGGGACUUUGUCACAAAAAGCAGAAAUGAAGAGAAGAGCUGAAAAAACAACAAACUAAUCUGGUAGUUUCUGCAACAUAUCAA